AUGUACUGCAUUAGUCAUUUUGGUGGGACUGUUUUCAACCCUCACCCUCACCCUCAACACUCCCCCUCCCACCUCAACACUCCCCGUCCCACCUCAAACUCUCCCCUCCCCCUCAACACUCACCCUCCAACCUCAACACUCUCCCUCCCACCUCAACACUCCCCUCCCUCCAACCCCUCAACACUCCUCACCCCCUCAACACUCAGCACCCUCCCACCUCAACCCCUCCACCUCAACACUACCCCUCCCCUCAAACUCCCUCCCCUCCAACCUCAACACUCACCCACCUCAACACUCACCUCCCCUCAACUCUCACCCUCCAACCUCCCACCUCACACACUCCCCUCAGCCCUAACCCUCCCCUCAACACUCACCCUCCAACCUAAACACUCACCCCCAACCUCAACGCUCCUCCCCUCAACCUCCGCCUUCCCCUCAACGCUCCCUCCCCUCAACCUCCCCUCCCCUCAAGACUCAUCCUCCAACCUCAAGACUCAUCCUCCAACCGCACUCCCUCCAACCUCAACACUCCGCCUUCCCCUCAAGCGCUCCCUCCCCUCAACUCUCCCUCCCCGUCAAGACUCAUCCUCCAACCUCAAGACUCAUCCUCCAACCUCAACUCUCCCCUCCCCUCAACGCUCCCCUCCCCUCACCCACCCUCCACCCUUCAACACUCACCCUCAACACUCAACACUCACCCACCUCAACACUCCCCUCCCCUCAACACUCCCCUCCAACCCCAACACUCACCUUACCCUCAACACUCACCCCCCAACAACCCCCUCCAACCUCAACACUCAAACCAAACCCCCCACCACCACACACACCAGACACACACUCACCCUCCAACCUCAAAGCUCACCCUCCCAUGGCAUUCUGAUAAAAGAUGGCUUCAUCACUGAAGCCCUCAUCAUCUUUCUCAUUUAA